AGAGUGGACCAUGUAAGACACAAAUCAAGAGUUAGAGAGUAGGUAGGAGGAAAAUGUUGAGAUGAUGCAAGUUUAGGUGUGGGGUUAGUUUUGAGAUAGCUAUAGGUGAUUUCUCAAAUAGCUGACACUUAGUCUCUCUACUUCCAUAAUGUACGUCUCUUCUACGCCAAAAAUUCUCACCCCCAAAUUUUCCUUCCAACGCUUUUCCUCACCUCAUCAAUUUUUCUUACGUUUCGAGUACCACCUAUUUCAGCAACAUUAAAUAUUGUGUAAUAGCAUUGACUGUCAAUUUUUUAAUUAAAACUAAACAUAAUUUUACAUAAAUCACACGAAGCUUCUAUAGAAGUUCAAGAAGAGGAAAAUUCAUUUGAGUUUCUAUUUGAAACCGUACCUUAAAGGCUAAGGCUAUAGAUUAAAUGGUGAAAUAAUGAUAUGAAUACAAAUGGAAAAAAAAAUAAGAAAUAACGCGUUCUUUAUUAAGGUAUUUGAUUGAUAUCAUAUAAGCAAGCAAGCGGGUGUAACACAGAAUAAAAUAAAAUAAAAAGGCUUCUUCUAUAGGUUGGUAAGCGGCAAUCCAGCUGCCAUUUGCCUAUUUGACUUCCCCCAUUCGAUCAUGAUCCCCAUCACAACAUUUCAGUCAUCCUCAUGAAUAAUUCUACAUCAGUGAGGAGGCUGGUUUCGUCUAAAGCAAUGAAAUGUUUCUACUUCAGCAAAGACAAAACUCAGGAUGAUGAAGCUAAGACGAGAAAGUUUGGUUCCAUUACGAUGGCUAGAGGAGGAUCAGGGUCUGAAUUUAACUCUGAUACAAGUACUGCUACUUCCAUUACUUCUUCCUUGCACGUUCUCUCAGAGACACACAGUAACAAUCUCAAAGUCUUUGCCCUCGAUGACCUUAAAACUGCUACCAAAAAUUUCAGCCGCUCAUUGAUGAUCGGUGAAGGUGGCUUUGGCGGUGUCUUUCGUGGCGUGAUUCAGAACCCUCAAGAUUCUCGUAAGAAGAUUGAAAUUGCAGUUAAACAACUCAGUAGAAGAGGUCUCCAGGGUCAUAAAGAAUGGGUGACAGAGGUAAAUGUACUGGGAGUAGUGGAGCAUCCGAAUCUGGUGAAGCUGAUCGGUUAUUGCGCUGAGGAUGAUGAGAGAGGGAUCCAAAGGCUACUUGUUUACGAAUACGUACCAAACAGAAGUGUUCAAGACCAUUUAUCCAAUCGUUUUAUUGUCACUCCUCUCCCUUGGUCCACCAGAUUAAAGAUUGCUCAGGACACUGCUCGAGGACUUGCUUAUCUUCAUGAAGGCAUGGAGUUUCAGAUCAUCUUUAGGGAUUUCAAAUCCUCCAAUAUUCUUCUUGAUGAGAAUUGGAAUGCAAAGCUCUCGGAUUUCGGACUGGCUCGAAUGGGUCCUUCUGAUGGAAUCACUCAUGUCUCCACUGCGGUUGUAGGGACCAUUGGUUAUGCAGCACCGGAAUAUAUCCAAACAGGACACCUCACUGCCAAGAGUGACGUGUGGAGCUACGGAAUCUUUCUAUAUGAACUCAUCACAGGAAGACGACCUUUUGACCGUAACCGCCCAAGAAACGAGCAGAAUAUCCUGGAGUGGAUCAGACCACACUUGUCCGACAUAAAGAAGUUCAAGAUGAUCAUCGACCCAAGACUUGAAGGAAACUACUACCUCAAAUCAGCAUUGAAGCUAGCUGCAGUUGCUAACCGGUGUUUGAUGGUGAAGGCGAAGGCUAGGCCAACAAUGAGUCAGGUUUCAGAGAUGUUAGAAAGGAUAGUGGAAACAUCAGAUGAUGCUCCUUCAGGACUGCCAUUGAUGAAGAGCUUGACACCUAAAGCUGCAUUCGAGGCCUCAAGAAGAGAGAGAGUUAAAAGAAGAUUUGUUGAACUUUUGAUCGGAGAAAAUGGUUGUCCCAAUUUACCCACUUGGUCUCCUAAACUUGUUACUUCUACUUGAUUUUUUGAGAGAACAAACUCACCACCGCUUGUGUUAUGGAAAAGGGGAAGCGUAGUAUCA